UACUGUACACCAAAUUAAAUUUAAUGAUGUAUCUUCUAUUAAAAUAAUUUAUGAUUUUUAAAACAUAUUAUAUAUUGGUUAUAUAAACCAAAUACUUGGACUUGCAAUGAUUUUACUUUUGUGAGAGAAAGCGAUGGGAUUUCAGAUUUACUAAUUCGUAGUGAAACAUACAUACAAAAACAAAAGACAAAAUGGAUGAAUCUGUAGAUGUUUCUACAGUUAAUUUGUCGAUAUCGGCUGAUAAUACCGCCCAGCGUUCUUACAGGAGGACGGGCGAGUUCGAUAACCCCGCGUUCGUAGGCCCGCGGGACCCAGCAGCUGGUAACCAUGACGACAAAUAUCACACAACACUUAGUUUCGGGAAGUCGAGGUCUAAGAAAUCAAUCAUACUAGCAGUUACCAUAGUGACCGUAGUUUUACUAUUGCUUGGUAUAAUCGUUGCGAUUUUCUUCGCGACGUCAGGCGAUAGCACAGGGUCCGAAUCAACUUCUACAGAAGGAACAACAGAAACUAGACAGCUGGUGUAUGUUGGGGAGGCAGUCCUAACCAAUGAAAGUUGGUCAGAUGAUUUUAACGAACCUUUGACUCCAGCCUAUGUGCGCCUCCAGGCCAUCUUCAUUGCGGAGAUGGACGAAUUAUUCCAACGUAAUGCCAGUACGGUAAAAACAUACAACUCCACAAUGGUGACAAGUUUCAGAGAGGGAAGCGUUGUUGUGCAGUUUCGCAUCCACUUUGUCACCAAGGUCGACCAAACAGGAGGUCUGGAUGACGUGAUUUCUCACGUGCCGUUGUCCCUAGUAAAAGCUAUUGUUGAAUCCGCUGAUAUCACUUUUAACGGAUCUGUUAGAGUAUACGAGGACAUCGAUCAAACGACUGAAUCUCCGCCUACUCCCAUACCUACUUCAACAACAGCUGCAGUAAACUCUACAAUUGACCCUGACACCACUUCGAGCACCAACUCAAGGACAAUCUCACCAACAACUUCUACUUCUACUGCAGUCGAAUCAACAAGCCAAGCUAUUCUUAUAUCCACGACUGAAUCUCCAAUUUCCACCCCUGAUUGCACGGAAUUCCGAUGCUCAGACGGUGCGUGUAUACCACAUUCCCAGCGCUGUGACGGUGUAUCACAUUGCGGGGACAAGACAGACGAGCUUGGAUGUGUUGGGCUGGACAGAGACUGUGAGUCUGGCCAGUUCCUAUGUGCCCGCUACUCUCAGUGUAUACCAGAGAUACUUAGGUGUGACGGCUUUCCACAUUGUGUUGACGGUACAGACGAAUGGUAUGGCUGCAACAUUAGUACCACCGCAAAGCCACACAUAGACUUUGAGGUUCGACUGAUCGACGGACAGACAGACACCACGGGAACCACGAGGCGGGGGCGCGUGGAGUUGCGUCCGGCUGGAAGUGACGUGGAUUACGGCACCGUUUGUGGUAACGUAUGGACGGAAACUGAGGCAACAGUUGUAUGCAGGAUGAUAGUUCCGGGUUUCAGUGGGAUCGCCCAUGCCUUACCAAGUACAGUGUUUGGGAAGGGAUCACGUGAUAUCGUGUUGUCCCACGUGCGGUGCUAUGGUAACGAGACAAACAUUGGACAAUGCCAGUCACGUGGUUUUGGACAAGUCACAGUCCACUGCUCCCACAGUCAGGAUGUGGGAGUAUCCUGUGAUGGUCCAGUGGACGUUCCAGAACCUCCAGAUAUUGGACAAGGACUGGCCGUGCGCCUUGCACGUGGCAGCACGUGCCUCGAGGGUCAAGUUCACGUGCGGCACGCGGGGGAGUGGCGCCCCGUCUGCGAUGACGGGUUUGGGGAAAGAGAGGUUACCGUUGUCUGUCGUAUGCUUGGAUUUACUGCUGGUACGGGUAAGGUCAAAGACGAGUUUGGUAUUGGGGAUGGCCUAUUCUGGUUGGACGAUGUAAGUUGCCAUGGUAACGAGACCGACCUGGCACAGUGCGAGUCUCUCCCACGAGGCGAACACAAUUGUGAAUACUAUGAAGCUGUUGGAAUCGUUUGUGAUGGGGAUACUGCCAUCGAAUGCGCCGACAUUCCCUGCUCGUCUAGCGUCAACUGUUCUUUUGACGAAGAAACGUGUUGCUAUGAUUUCCCCUCACCCUCUGGGCGGGGUCGUGGUCCUAACCCAUGGAGUUGGGGCGUGCCACAAGGAUUCGACAUAUCAGGUCGAGUGAUGUAUUAUCAUAACGAGUUCGGAAACCAAGGUGAUAUGGCGUACCUAGCUAUUCCGUACAUAACAUACACUGAUCGUCCCUUAAAACUAGAGUUUCAGUACCUUCUCCGAUCAUCCGGUUUUGGGUCAUUGCGGCUUGUUACGAGUAACGGAUCAGAGAUCUGGGGCAGCGAAACAAAGCCAACAGAGCUGGAGAACAUGUGGAUCCACCAUUGUGUGGACUUACAAGGCGAUAGUUCGCGCAAUGAGGAUGCAACGGACCUGCUUCAAUUUGUCGCAAGUCGAGGAUCAAAGGCAACACUGCUUGUUGCAUUAGAUGACAUAUCUCUGACAAGAGGGCAAUGCACAGACGGUAUCCGUGUUCAACCAUGCACUUUUGAGGAUGUAAACCUAUGUGGAGGGCGCAUAUAUUGUACAAACUGUGCAGAAGAGUAUCGUUGGCACUGGGUUGCAGGAUACAUCAGUGUUGUAAGCGGUGUGACAAAAGUCAACAGUUCCCUGCCAGGUCAUUUUCUACUUGCCGAUGCAUCAUUUGGAUCAAGCGGGGACAGGACUAGAGUCACAUUUUCUCUUUCUGACACCAACGCAAUGCACGGACUGACUUUCAAUUGUUUCAUAGCUGAACAUUCGAAAAGUUCGCUUGUGGUUCAUUUAGUUACGGGGACAGAGGACACAAUAGUAUGGAGUUCAGAUGAGGCGUAUAUGGAUUCAAAUUCAUGGCAACGCGCAUGUGUAACUCUUCCAAAUUAUGUAACCAGUAGCCAUAUUGCGUUCGAAGCUAUUCGUGGCGAUGGAACGUUUGCCGACAUCGCAAUCGAUGAUAUUGGACUAGGAGAACUUUGUAAACAUCCGGCUACCUGCGAUUUUGAAGACGGAUUGUGCGGUUACACGGUCCUCUCAGCCAAUUCGAGCAAAUUCAGAUGGGCACACAGCAAUGACGCUGUAUUCCAAGGCGAGCAGCCAGCCGUCCGGCUCGUGGGUGGGGAAAAUCAAUAUGAAGGACGUGUGGAGGUAUUUCACGACGGAGAAUGGGGAACGGUAUGUGACGACAGUUGGGAUGCAAAGGACGCCGCGGUCGUAUGCAAGCAGCUUGGCUUCCGAGCGGAGAACGCACAAGCGUAUACAAGGGGUCAUUACGGAUCCGGUGUGGGAUACAUCUGGAUGGACGAGGUCAGUUGUGAAGGGACAGAAACCAGUUUGGCAGAGUGUCCAUUUGAUGGAUGGGGACGUGAGGACUGUGGUCACUCCGAGGACGCCGGUGUUUCCUGUGACCCUGGCUCAGACCCCGGUGAAAUGUUAGGUGGUCAUAUCAGGUUGUACGACAAUAGUGCGCCCUUUGGGCUGUCUUCUAAGUUGGUCUCUCGGACAUUUGACGUUAAAGAAGAUACAUACGUCAUGUUCACUGUCAGGAUCGAGGCCACCGGCACAUUCCGGUAUCUAUUGGUCGACGAAGGCAACAGUGUCGUUCUAGAAGGUGGACGUCUAGGGGUACAGUACGAUAGCGAAGAAAGAGUGUGUUUUGAUUUGAUUGGUCUUCCGCUGCGGGGCGUUAAAGUCGCGUUCGAGGCUUGGACAGAAGGGUCUAUGUUGGCGGACAAAAUGGGACUCGAUGAGGUGGCAGUAGCUAGAGGCAGAUGCAAAGAUAUAAUCGUCAACAACUGCGACUUUGAGAAGAACCACCGCCUUUGCAAAAUAGCAAUCCGUUCUGCGCCAACCCUGGUGGACGGAUGUACCAAUGACUACACAUGGAGAAGGCUGGGCGGUCCUUAUUACACUUCCGGUGUUGGUGACCACACGACUGCGAGUGCCACUGGUCAUUACCUUGAGAUUAAAUCGUCACCUACAUUUCUUGAAAACUCGAAAGCACAUGCUGAAUUUACCAAUCCCGAACCCAGGAAAAACCGACGCGUUAUUGUUCACUACAGAGUACUUGCAGUUGAAAACAAUUCUGUUUUAGAGGUUGUUACUCGGAUAAAUGGAACCCUUAAAUCAGCUAUAUCCCUAGUUGCAAAACUGACGUCACUCCCUGCAUGGCACAGCGCAUGUACAGAUAUUGAAUCAAGUUUUGAGAGCAUCGACGUUGUUGCGGAAAGAAUUAGCGCAAUCAUUGACGACGUCCAAUGGGACACUAAAACGUGCUUUGAUUCAGACGUUAGUUGCGAUUUUACGGACCAGCAAUUGUGUGACUACGUAAUGGAACCCGGCUGGAAGUCAAUUGUUGAGGAUGAUGAACAUUUUCUUCGAGCAUUCAGGAAAGAGCACAAGCUGCUCACACCCAAGUUCAGUACAGAAAACGAUUCGUUUUGUGUUGUAUUGACGGCAAGGGCGUCGAGUGAUAAUUUGGUCGCAGAAUCUUCAAAACUUAUUGUUACAUUGUUAGAGAUUGACUUGAGUAAUGAAGAGACGCAAGUUCCUAUAUGGGACCCGGUAGUCCCUGUAACGAGUAUCCUUUGGAGUAACGUUAACAUAAAGAUUCCGUAUGACGGACUCUUUAGAAUCCAACUAUCAGCAAAAGGUUUAGAUGACAGCAAUUUUCUUGAUGUUACGAGAGUACAACUGUCAACCAUAUGUGAUGUUCAUGAAUGCCAAAAUGGCUUUGUUUCGUGUAAUGGAAGACUUUGCAUUCGGGAAACAGAGGUUUGUUUCAAUCUCGACCUUUGUCCUGAAGCUUUGGAAACAUUUUGCAAACCGACGGUGAACUGUAGUUUUUAUAGCCAAUACAGUUGCGGAUGGAAGCAUACAAAUGCCGCUGUUGAAGAUGGUUGGUUUUAGCAGGAAACUUCAUCUACUGGAAACCCGGUUAGCAAUUACGGAGACCCCCAAUUGCAGACAUUAAAGAACCUUCUUGUCUGCUCUUCAAGGCUUUGGGGGAUCGAUAUAAGGCACAAUUGAG